UUAGAUCAGCCAGGAUUGAAAGAAGGACUAGAUGUGAUGGGUUGAAUGGCCUGAUUCUGCUCCUAUGAUUUAGGAGCUUAUGCAUGACCUUCUGGUCCUGUAUUUAUAAAUGAGAUGGCACAUAGGCAUUUGCUGAGAAGGCUGCUAUCAGUGACCCUUCGGCAGGCCACCUGGCCACUACGAUCUCCAUCCUCAGCACACCUUCCAGCCUUGACCUCCCUUUGCUGGCAUGGCACCGAGCCUCCCUUUCACAACCGAGCCAGCCUUGCCACCGCCAGAAGAUUUUGUACAAAUCCUAGUUGUGAUGUUUCCUUCAACGUACAGAGCCCAGCAGACUUCACUAACCGAGUUAUCAACAGUGCCAAACCAGUCGUGGUGAAUUUCCAUGCAAGUUGGUGCGGCCCCUGUCGUAUGCUCAGUCCGAGGCUCGAGAAAAUCGUGGCAAAGCAGGAAGGGAAAGUCAUUAUGGCCAAAGUGGACAUAGAUGACCAGACAGACCUCGCCAUGAAAUACAAGGUGGCUGCAGUCCCGACUGUAAUAGCUAUUAAAGAUGGUGACAUCGUGGGCAGGUUCGCAGGAGUUAAAAGUGAAGAUGACCUGGAAGUGUUUAUCGAGAAACUGAUUUGCCCAAGCUUGUAAAGGUUUGAGAUGCUUGUAUGAUCCUCCACGUCCCAACUAAAUGUUUAUUUUGAAUGAAAUCCUAAAAUGACACUGAUGGCCGGGAGAGGUUGCUGUGGCGGCCCUCUCAUCGGCUGGUAAAUCUUGCCCCAGGAGGUUGCAAUCUCCUGUCAUGCUGUGAAACCUGUAGCCGUUAUUGCACACAAUACACAAACUGCCCCCCCCCCCCCCCCUCCCCCCCGCUACCUUUUGUGUAGGGAAGAACUGCAAAUGCUAGUUUAAAUCGAAAACUGACUCCUGAUGCUGCCUGUCCUGCUGAGUUACUCCAGCAUUUUGUGUCCAUCCCAGCUACCUUUUGGCAGCGUCAAAGCUUUGUUGUUGUUGUUGUUCGUCCUUCGUAGUCGAAGAAGACCAUGACCUUCAGUGUUUUUGUUUUUGUGUCUGGAGGUGACUGGUGAGACCGAUCCGGGCCCGGAAGGCUCGCCGCAUGUGGGACACUGCUGGGCGGGCGCCACUGUAGAAUCCGAAGUGUCCCGGGCCCCGCGUUUCCUCCCAGUUUCUUCCCAGCUGCACGUGCUCCUGUGGUGAUCCUGCUUUGCCCAGUUGGGCGGUAUGGGUCCUGAAGUCAUAACUUGCGCUUAACUUGGAUUAGACAAUAGACAAUGGGUGCAGGAGUAGGCCAUUCGGCCCUUCGAGCCAGCACCGUCAUUCAAUGUGAUCAUGGCUGAUCAUCCCCAGUCAGUACCCCGUUCCUGCCUUCUCCCCUGACUCCGAUAUUUUUAAGAGCCCUAUCUAGCUCUCUCUUGAAAGCAUCCAGAGAACCUGCCUCCACCGCCCUCUGAGGCAGAGAAUUUCACAGACUCACCACUCUCUGUGAGAAACAGUGUUUCCUCGUCUCCGUUCUAAAUGGCUUACUCCUUAUCCUUAAACUGUGGCCCCUGGUUCUGGACUCCCCCAACAUCGGGAACAUGUUUCCUGCCUCUAGUGUGUCCAAGCCCUUAACAAUCGUAUGUUUCAAUGAGAUAACCUCUCAUCCUUCUAAACUCCAGAGUAUACAAGCCCAGCCGCUGCAUUCUCUCAGCAUAUGGCAGUCCCGCCAUCCUGGGAAUUAACCUUGUAAACCUACGCUGCACUCCCUCAAUAGCAAGAAUGUCCUUUGUCAAAUUAGGGGACCAAAACUGCACACAAUACUCUAGGUGUGGUCUCACUAGGGCUCUGUACAGCUGCAGAAGGACCUCUUUGCUCCUAUAUUCGAUGCCUUGUAGAGACUACAGGCAGCAACUAGAAUCAGAAUGCAAAGUCAAAAACGCUAGAAAGGUUGGAACACUACUAUUUAAUAAAUCAAAUCAUGAAAUAGAUUUAGGCUCUCCACCUAAAGAAAGGUUUGUAUCGCAAGAGUCAGUGGUCUGGACUCUUCAGAAAUGCUGCUAACUCCAUCUCUCAUUGGUUCUAAAAUAGAUCCCACCACAACAGUCUCUUUGGUUAAUCAUCCAUUUUAAUAAAGAUAGCUUUGUGCACUUGAGCAGGAGUGAGCAGUCAUGAAUUACUGCCAGAAACAAACAUUUCCCCUGAUAUUGAACACAUGAUCUCUUCAUACUUGGUGGAACUUUGACCAAUGUACUAACAAAGGCAGACUAUCAAACAUUUGACAGGUCGGAAAAGUUGUUCUGCUGGAAUCUUGCUGCAGUACAUUCAUCAUGAACUCCCUUCUGCUUUAUCUCUAACCACUUGAAGGACGAUGUCCUCACACCAAUGCAAUACUGUUGUCUGAGAGGGGAAGUGAAAGGGGAAGAAGGCUUUCUACACACUUUUGAAGUUGUGGCGAGCUGCCCAAGUUGUGACACUGCAUACUUCAUGAUGGAGAGAAUGGCCUGGCAGCAGCCUUGCUCCAUCACAUUCAGCGUGCCAGGGUAGGGCAGCACCCGACUGCAGUUUGUAUUGUAAAUCCGUGAACCCAUACACAUGAAGCACACAAAAAUGCUGGAGAAACACUGUGGGUGCAGCAGCAUCUAUGGAGCAAAGGCAAUAGGCAACGUUUCGGGCCGAAACCAACUGGGUCUAGUACUGGCGACCAGAAAAAAAAAGUAGCUGAUUUCAAUCUUUGCUGCCAAUGUAUAGAGCUCUUUGGUCUCAGCUUUGGAUUCCUUCAGCAACCACGGCUAGGGAAGCAAAUGCUCUUCAUAUUACAGUGCGUACAUAGUUAAAUAAAAGUCAAAGAGUCAGCAAAGAAAGACUACUUUGUUGAUGCACUGAAGAUAUCUUUGAUCGACACACAAAUCUGGAGUAACUCAGCAGGACAGGCAGCAUCUCUGGAGAGAAGGGGUGGGUGACCUUUGGCUGGUAAGAAUUGGGAAAGGAAGAGAGAAUUGAUAGAGAGCGGGAAGGAGAGAUUCAGCUCGGCGUUGAUGCGUAAAGCUUUCUGUUGCUGUGUCCUCCAUGAGUAAGUGAUAGGAGCGGAAUUAGGCCAUUCGGCCCAUCAAGUCAACUCCACCAUUCAAUCGUGGCUGAUCUAUCUUCCCCUCUCAACCCCAUUCUCCUGCCUUCUCCCCGUAACUCCUGACACCCAUAUGACCUUCAAGUGGUGUUCCCCUCCAUCCUUCUAUUCAGCAGGCUCCGAGUACGAUGAGAAGAGGGUUUACGUUACAGAAAAUCACAAUGUGGAUGUUUUUUUUAAAGGAACAUAAUCCCUCCACAACUUAGAGUGUUUGGAACACUGUUGUCAGUAUUAUGGAUGGGGAUCAAGCCUUCACUGUGAAAGUGGUCGGAGUCCACUAAUGAUGUCAUUGUUAUGCAUUUAAUAUAAUUUGCUGUUUUUUCCCCCAAAAUAAAAGCAGUCCAACUUCUGUUGCAUUCGAGUGAUAAGAUUCUUGGAUUCAAUUGCCAGCAGAGACUCUCCAACAGCGAGGCACUAUUCCCAGUAAAACCUGCCUCUGCUCCCUUGCCCAGAUCAAUGGAGAAGAACGAGGGGAGGUGGAAAUCAUCCCAUGUUUGCAGUCCUUUGUUGGGAAGUGGAUCAAGAUUACUACAUGUCUCUAGCGAUUGCUGGCAUGCGCUGCCAACGCAUGUACUAAAUGGGUGCAGCAGUGGAAUUGGAGAGAAGAGUGAGCAGCUUUGUGUGGCAAGUGACAAUUUGUAACUUGCCUGGGUCUAAGAACUGUGGAAACUCCCUGCUUAAUAUGAAGGACACUGCUGGACUCUAAACAAGUGCAUGGUGGCGAGGAAUGAUACAAGGAAACCGCUGCAGAUAUUCAACCAGUCAGGCAUCUGUAGAAAGAGAAACGGUUAGUAUUCUGAAGGGCCAUUUGCCUUCUGUUUCUCUCUCUGUGGAUGCCGCCUGACAUGCUGAGUAUUCCCAGCGGUUUGUUUUAACGUCACGACCGUGCCAACAUCUCCAGCUUCGCUUUGCUCCACUGUCGGGCACAUACUUGCCUACAGCAGAAACACAAACACUUUGUCAUUAACUGGAAGAUUUCCUUGGGCAGACCACUCGAAUGACGUGGAACUGAAGUUGAGGGCCAGCAAGGAAGAAGCAAUUGUCAUUUACUCCCUGAUCAUUUUGAAACCAAUUUUUUGGCUUUUUUUUUUUUAAUUGUUAAAUCUUGCCACCAAUGUAACAGAUUUAUAUUAAAUAAAUGCAGCAAAUUAAAUGUUU